GCCAUGGGCCAUGCCUUUUUUUUUUUUUUUUUUUAAGUACAAUUUUUAACUAAAAGCAGUAAUAAGAAUGUAAAUAAAUAAGGCUCUUGUCGUGUUCUAAAUAUAAAAUUCGGCUAACUAUACCAACAUGAACGCUAUUUAAUUACUGAAUUAUUUGGUGGAGGAUUUUACGCUGAAGGUCGAGAGGAAAGCGUGCUGUUUAUUACCCACGGCAUAACUGACCAUAACAUGACUACUAACGUGAGGGGAGGCUUUACACUGUGGAAACUACAGCGGAUUACUGCCAUUGGAAGAGUCUACAGAAGUUUUUCAGAGCGUAGUUAUGUGGCUAAUUUGUUUUUCUGCUACAUUUGCCGGGUAAUAAGGACUGGAACGUAAUCAUGGCCACGGAAAAUGAAUGUGAACAGAGAGUUUGUUGUCUGUUCCAGAUGUCAGUAAUGCCCAGAAUGAAUCCACAGAACCACCCCAGAGGAUGACAAGACAGCAGAUCCUCACCCUCAUUUCUAUAGCAUCAGUGAAUUUUAGCUCAAUGAUAUGUUACUCCAUUUUAGGUCCUUUUUUCCCAAACGAGGCUGUUAAAAAAGGUGCAAGUCAAACUGACAUUGGCCUCAUAUUUGGCUGCUAUGCUGUGUGUAAUUUAAUUGGUUCAUUAAUUUUAGGAAAAUAUAUCGUCCAAAUAGGUGCAAAGUUUAUGCUAAUUGCAGGGCUAUUUGUGUCAUCGGGAUGCACCAUAAUAUUUGGAUUACUGGACCGUGUACCUGCAGGCCCUCCUUUUAUUGCCCUGUGUUUUAUAGUGCGCUCCAUAGACGCUUUGGGCUUUGCUGCAGCCAUGACCUCUUCUUUUGCGAUGACGGCAAAAAUCUUCCCCAACAAUGUGGCAACUGUUUUGGGUAGUCUGGAGAUUUUCACUGGCCUUGGGCUGAUCCUGGGACCACCAGUCGGGGGAUGGUUUUAUCAAUCUUUUGGAUAUGAGGUCCCAUUCAUGCUUCUCGGCUGUUUCCUCUUAAUUAUGGUCCCUUUCAACAUUUACGUCUUACCCACUAUUGAUGCAGAUCCGUCCAAAGACUCUUUUUUCCGUCUUCUGACCAAUGUAAAAAUACUACUUAUCAGCUAUGUCAUAUUCACAUUAAGUGCAGGCUUAGGUUUCCUGGAUGCAACAUUGUCUCUUUUUGCCAUUGAAAAGUUCAAUCUCUCCCCAGGCUACGUUGGCCUCAUUAUGCUUGGCUUGUCUUUACCUUACUGCCUGGCAUCUCCACUAAUGGGUUAUUUCACUGAUAGAUAUCCUGCCACCAGGAGUUGGUUCAUGGUGACUGGGGGGUUCGCCACUGCACUUGGUUUCUGUCUGCUUGGUCCUGCUCCAUUUUUGAAUAUUUCUGGGCCACUGUGGCUGCUGGUUGUCAUGCUGGGUGUAAUUGGGUUUUCUCUGGGCAUGACUGCUCUCCCCACGUUCCCGGAGAUCAUCACAUGUGUGUAUGACCAAGGAUUUGAGGAAGGCCUUAGCACACUGGGGAUGGUGUCUGGCUUGUUUGGAGCAGUUUGGUCCUUUGGCAUGUUUUAUGGACCCAUCGUCGGUGGUCUUAUCACACAGAACCUAAGCUUUGAGUGGGCAGCAGUGAUACAAGGAGGACUGGGCUUUUUAGCUGCAUUUCUACUGAGUUUACACUACAUCUUUCACAAACCACGACCGCAAAGCCAAAUGUCUGAACAAACAACAGAAGAAGAAACCACUCCACUUCUGAAUACAUGAAGAUCAAAAUAUUAAGACAUGAAGUCAUAGAAAGUAUUUGGUACUGCUGAUGGUGAUGAUUAGUUUACCAUCAUCAUUUGGUAGUUACAGGCAUAACUGCUCUCUACUGGACGGACACUGGUAUUUCUUUAAAAUUUUCACAUGUGCCUUGGAUCUUGAAAUAUCUUCAUAGAUUGGUUAAGUUUAGUCCAAAUUUCUGAUCAACUGAAUUUGAGCAGCUACUCUGUUUAGUGUCAGUCUAUGAAAAUGUGAAGAGCGGCAAUUUUCUCUGUAGUUUUUGUACUUCUUAGACUUCUAGACAUAUCCACAAGUACUGCCUAAUAUCAGAGAUUAUAUUAAAUAUGAUUUAUGUGUCUGAUCGUUCAUUCGUGGGAACUUUGGAGAGAGGGAAAUUUGGAGGAAUGAAUGAGAAUCUUUCACAAUGGUGCCUUUUGUUAAAGCAGCAGUGUCACAUGACUACUUUGACUGGUUGUUUUAUUUUAAGUUAUUUAACUCUAUUUGUGUAUUGAAUAUAUUUCAUGAUUGAGGAGGUCCUAAUAAAUAAAACAAGUAUACACAUAA